AUGGCCCGAAAGCUUGGCAAGAAAGCAGCCCAAAACAAAAUCGCCGCCUUCAUCAGCGAAUGGCUCCCGAAGCUCGAAGUCCAAGAGAACAGCCUGGAUGCCCUGAAGCACUACAUCUCCUACCGACCCAACCUGUUCGAAGACUCCCACCUCAAACAAGCAGACGCAGUAGCCCAAACCCAAUCCCUCGUCGUACAAUUCGACGCCGAAGCACAACCCCUCCAAGACCUCGACAUCCCCCAGGACAUCUACACCGACGUGCACAACACGUUCGUCCUCGUGCAGGGCCUGAAGACGUUUGUGUUUACGUGGUGCGAUGAGUGGCAGAAGAUCAAGAAUGCGAGAUGGAGGCCUUAUUCGAAGCAUUCGCCGUGGAUUCGAGAGUUGAAGCAGAAGCUGAGCCCUGUUUUGAAGAUCAAUCGCGGGAUGAAUCCGGAUGCGGUGCCGGAUACGAUACGAAAGGGGCCGCGGAAGGGUGUCGGAGGGAGAAAGCCGAAGAGUGUCAAGCAGGUGGUGAAGGGUCAGGUAGAUGGGGAGGAAGACGAGGACGAGACAGAGUGGAAGACGGAUUCGGACGAGGACUUUGAGCCUUGA